AUGGCCCCUCAAAGUGUAAGGCGUCGCCUGACGACAGAACAACUAGGUAGAUUUAUUGGAAUGCUUGACGCUGGUUAUUCACAACGUGAUGUUGCAAAUGCGCUAAACGUCAGCCAGAGCUUUGUAAACAGAGCCUGGAACCGACGGCAAACUUUUGGUACAGCAGCACACCGACAUGGGGGUGGUCGUCAGAGAUCAACAACUCAACGCCAAAACCAUUUUGUGGCUCUUCAGGCACGACGCCACCCCUUCUGGGCAGCAACCAGCCUGCGUAACGACCUCCUGAACGCCUUGGGGGUAAAUGUCGCGACUCAGACGAGACGUAAUCGGCUUAACAUUGUAGGUCUCAAUUCGAGAAGGGCAUGUGUUCGAAUCCCUCUGACUGUGCGACACCGGUGGGAGAGAUUGAACUGGGCUGAAGACCAUGUCACUUGGACACAGAACGAUUGGGUUCCAGUUCUGUUCACCGAUGAGUCCAGGUAUUGUUUGGACUUUACAGAAAGGAGGCAACGAGUGUGGCGACGACGACGUGAACGUUUUCAUGAUACCCACAUCAGUGAACAUGACCGUUAUCAAGCCAUCAUUGAUGCAAGGGGAGGCCAUACUCGGUAUUGA